GAACAAUACAGUCAGGAUGGCUAAAGGUGAUCCCAAGAAAUCAAAGGGCAAGAUGUCCGCCUAUGCCUUCUUCGUGCAGACGUGCAGGGAAGAACACAAGAAGAAAAACCCAGAGGUUCCAGUCAACUUUGCCGAGUUUUCCAAGAAGUGCUCUGAGAGGUGGAAAACGAUGUCUAGCAAAGAGAAAUCAAAGUUUGACAAGAUGGCCAAGGCAGAUAAGGCACGCUAUGAUCGUGAAAUGAAAGAUUAUGGGUCAGCUAAAGGAGGCAAAAAGAAGAAGGACCCGAAUGCCCCCAAAAGACCUCCGUCUGGAUUUUUCUUGUUCUGCUCUGAAUUCCGCCCGAAGAUCAAAUCUGCAAACCCUGGCAUCUCCAUUGCAGAUGUGGCCAAAGAGCUGGGUGAGAUGUGGAAUAACUUAAGUGACAGUGAAAAGCAGCCUUACACGACCAAGGCAGCAAAGCUGAAGGAGAAGUAUGAGAAGGAUGUUGCUGACUAUAAGUCUAAAGGGAAGUUUGAUGGCGCCAAGGGUCCUGCUAAAGUUGCCCGGAAAAAGGUGGAAGAAGAGGAGGAGAAGGAAGAAGAAGAAGAGGAGGAGGAGGAGGAAGAAGAUGCAUAAAAACUCUGUCUCCUUGUGAAUACCUUAGAGUAGGAGAGCGCUGUGAUUGACACAUCUCUUAUUUGAGUCGUGUCUAUUGCCCUUGUUAGGUUUAAUUACAAAAUUUGAUCACGAUCAUAUUGUAGUUUCUCAAAGUGUUAGUGGUUUACAUGAAGUGGCCGUGGGUGUCUGUAGCGCACUGAAACUGUAUCAAAGUUGUACAUGGCUCCAAACGUUUUUAAAAAGAAAAGGCACUCUCUCGUACUCCUCACUUCAGUGCACUUUGCUGUUCGGGUGACAAGGCAU